AUGUACUUGUUGUACAAAACGAUAACCCGAGCGACGAUACCACCGUUUCCCAUACUACCGCGCGACGUCGACCCCUCUGACGAUGUCGUCGAUAACCACGACAUUAGCGCCAUAAUAGUAGCAACAGUGGUUCCGACAACCAUCAUAUCUACGUUAUUCGCAUUUGCGCGGUUGUACGUCAAGGGAUGGAUCCAGCGCCGGAUUCAAUAUGACGACGGGAUUCUCCUGGCAGCGGUGAUGGCGGGUUGGACGGCGACUGGGACGACGCUGAAGGCUGUCGCGCUCGGCAAUGGGAAACACGUUGGUAUGCUCACUGAUGAGCAGAAAGAAGAGACACUAAGAUGGACGAUAUUUUCAUUUGGCUUUGGAAUCAUUGCGCUGGCUUUGCCGAAGCUCGCCGUAGUGGCGCUGAUGAACCGGCUACUCAACCCAAGACGACUUCACCGACUUUUUCUUUGGACACUGGGCUUGUUAUGCUGCGUCGGAUUGCUCGGAAAUGUGAUUGGGCUCUUUGCGGAGUGUCCGCAAGAAGCUGUGGUGAACAUCACCGCCGGACGUAGAGCGAAUUCACUAACCAGCGUGACAUAUCUAGGCAUAUCCGCUGCUACGAAUGCUUAUCUCGCCAUCUACGUGGCACUAUCCGUUCGGAGGCUGAAGAUUGCACGAAGAAAGAGGCUGGCUAUCACGAUUUCUCUUGUUCUGGGUCUACUUGCAUUGUUUACCGCCUUAUUCAAAUGCACAAGACUAAAGUCCCUAGGAAGCCCCGACUUCACUUACGACUCAGCGGACCUUGUAAUAUGGACGAGUCUUGAGGCAGACGUCGUCAUUAUCGCCGCAUGUAUUCCAGCACUACAGCCUCUGGUCGAUCAUCUCUUCCCAGGGCACUUCUCAACUCCGAUGCCAUCUCCAACUAUGCCGGCUUCACCGACCUCUACUGCCUCGAGAAGGAAGCUAUGGCCUGGUCCCACAUGUGGCGACCUUGAGGCCGCAAGAGAUUUUAGCCUAUCUCCACAGGGUCUUGAGAUGAUCAUGAUCGAGAAGGAAUUUGAGAUUGCCUACAGCAGAACUACAGUGAAGAGAUCCUGCACAUCCGACACAUGGAUUUCGGAAUUGCCGGAUGAGGAGAAGUUCAGGAUAGUAAAGGAUCAUGGGCCCGAUGGGUCAAUCACGACGACGGUGGUGGUGAGAUCUGCAACUCGUCCACCGGAUCAUCCGGCUUUUCCGCCUCAAUGA